GAGUGACCGGUCUAAAGGUCAUAAUCCAGACUUCAGUAAUGAACCUGUACCCUCAGACACAAAUGUUACUGGUUUACCUCUCAGACUCCAGAAGAUGAAUGAUUUGGAGGAAGAGGAUGACGGAGCAGAGUCUCUAAUAUCCAGCUGUCUGUCUAUGAAGAGUGACCGGUCUAAAGGUCAUAAUCCAGACUUCAGUAAUGAACCUGGACCCUCAGACACAAAGUAAGAGACUGUUUCUACUGUAAACUGACCUGAAGAUGAUUCAAUGCUGUCCUGCUGUUCUUUGUGUCAGGACUUCCUGAAGGAUCCAGUCUCUACCAGCUGUGGACACUGGUUCUGCAGACAGUGCAUCACCUCAUACUGGGACCAGUCUGCUUCAUCAGGAGACUCCUCCUGUCCCCAGUGUGCAGAAAGAUCCAGAACCAGACCUGGACUGCAGACAGACAGUCAGACCAGCACUGUACAAAAAAGUGGUCUGCAGGAGGUUUUAGAUGAACAUCAGAUCAGUCUGAGCAGCAGAUGUGAGCGUGUGACUGAUGAAGCAGGAAAUGAAAUCCUCCUCAACAGCAUCUACACUGAGGUCUACAUCACAGAGGGACUGAGUGAAGAGGUUAAUACCCAACAUGAGGUGAGGCAGCUUGAAACAGCUUCCAAGAUGAAGACCCUCCAUGACACUCCAAUCAAGUGUCACAACAUCUUUAAAGUCUUACCUGGCCAACAGAAACACAUCAGAGUCGUUAUGAUGAGCGGUGUUGCUGGUGUUGGAAAAACCUUCACAGUGCAGAAGUUCACUCUGGACUGGGCAGUGGGCUCCGAAAACCAAGAUAUCAGUCUGCUGAUUCUGUUCUCGUUCAGGGCGCUGAACUUGAUCAAAGAUGAGAAGUACAGUCUGCUCAUGCUGAUCCAUGUUUUCCAUCCAACAUUACAGAAUCUCACAGCAGAGAAGCUCACUGUCUGUAAAGUUUUGUUCAUCUUUGACGGUCUGGAUGAAAGCAGACUUUCACUGGAUUUCAACCACAGUGAGAUCGUGUCUGAUGUCACACAGAAGUCAUCAGUCAGUGUGCUGUUGACAAACCUCAUCGAGGGGAAGCUGCUUCCAUCGGCUCUCAUCUGGAUAACUUCCCGACCUGCAGCAGCCAAUCAGAUCCCUCCUUCUUGUGUUAGCAGGGUAACAGAAGUACGAGGCUUCACUGACGCCCAGAAGGAGGAGUACUUCAGCAGGAGAUUCAGUGAUGAAGAGCUGUCCAGCAAAAUCAUCUCACACAUCAAGACAUCCAGGAGCCUCCACAUCAUGUGUCACAUCCCAGUCUUCUGCUGGAUCACUGCUACCGUUCUGAAGGACAUGUUGACUACAGACCAGAGAGGAGAGUUGCCCAAGACCCUGACUGACAUGUACUCACACUUCCUGCUGGUUCAGACAAAGAGGAAGAAGAUCAAGUAUGAUGAGGGACGUGAGACGAGUCCACAUGAGCUGACCAAGGCUGACAGAGAACUUCUUCUGAAGCUGGGGAGGCUGGCGUUUGAACAACUGGAGAAAGGAAACAUCCUGUUCUACCAAGAAGACCUGGAGCAGUGUGGUCUUGAUGUCACAGAGGCUUUGGUGUUAUCAGGAUUUUGUACAGAGAUCCUCAAAAGAGAGAGUGUGAUCUUCAAGAAAACAGUCUACAGCUUUGUUCAUCUGAGCGUUCAGGAGUUUCUGGCUGCAGUCUACAUGUACCACUGUUACACCAACAGGAACACAGAGGUACUGAAGAACUUCCUGGGAGAAGACUACAAACACAGAGAAUCAGGACCAAAGCCUAUCCUCAAAAAAACGACUGCUCAUUUCAGAAACAGUGACUCAUCUCUGGAGGUUUUCCUGAAGGAAGCCAUGGAGAAAUCUCUCAGAAGUAAAAAUGGCCACCUGGACCUGUUCGUCCGCUUCCUUCAUGGCCUCUCUCUGAGGUCAAACCAGAAACUCUUAAGAGGCCUGCUGGGUCGAACAAAGAACAGUCCAGAAACCAUCCAGAGAGUCAUCAACAACCUGAAGAAGAUGAAAAGUGAGGAUAUCUCUCCUGACAGAAUCAUCAACAUCUUCCACUGCCUGAUGGAGAUGAAGGACCGUUCAGUACAUCAGGAGAUCCAAGAGUUCCUGAAGUCAAAAAGCAGAUCAGGCAAGAAACUCUCUGAGAUCCACUGCUCAGCUCUGGCAUACAUGCUGCAGAUGUCAGAGGAGGUUCUGGAUGAGUUGGACCUGAAGAAGUACAACACAUCAAAGGAGGGCCGACGGAGACUGAUCCCAGCUGUGAGAUACUGCAGAAAGGCUCAACUCUCUGGCUGUGGACUCUCAGAGUCUCACUGUGAAGUUGUUGCCUCAGCUCUGAAGUCCAUCCCCUCCCAUCUGACAGAGCUGGACCUGAACUACAACAAGCUAUUGUAUUCAGGAGUGAAGCUUCUGUCUGCUGGACUGGAGAGUCCAAACUGUAGACUCGAGACUCUGAGAUUGAAGGACUGCAGUUUGUCAGAGACGAGCUGUGCUUCUCUGGUCUCAGCUCUGAAGUCCAACCCCUCCCAUCUGAGAGACCUGGACCUGAGUGAAAACAAGCUGAAGGAUUCAGGAUUGAAGCGGCUAUGUGAUUUUCUGAAGAGUCCAGACUGUAGACUGGACACUUUGGGGUUGAAGGACUGCAGUUUGUCAGAGAUGAGCUGUGCUUUGCUGGCCUCAGCUCUGAAGUCCAACCCCUCCCAUCUGAGAGUGCUGGAUCUGAGUGAAAACAAGCUGCAGGAUUCAGACAUGACACUGCUGUGGGAUUUUCUAAAGAGUCAAUACUCUAGACUGGAGCGUCUGAGAGUGAGGAACUGCAGGUUGUCAGAGAUCAGCUGUGCUUCUCUGGUCUCAGCUUUGAAGUUCAACCCCUCCCAUCUGAGAGAGCUGGAUCUGAGAGGAAACGACCUGCACUUUUCAGAUCUGAUGCUCCUGCGUGAUAUUGAGGAGAGUCCAGACUGGAGACUGGAGACUCUGAGGACUCUCAGCACUUUAUUUCCUCUGUGUACUUCAGUGAAAUCUGCAGAGGAAACACACUUGAUAGUAAAAGUGUGUGCAGGUGUGUGAGCUUGGAGCUCAGUGUGUUCACUCCAACAUGUUAACAUGAGAGCUGAAAGGAAGCAAGCUACGCUGCACAGCUGUUCCACUUCUGGUCUGAAGAGGACUGAAGUCCCUGCUGCUCUUUAUACUGGAUGUGCUGCAUCACUGACUGAAAGCUGAUGAAGUGAGUCUCACUAAACACUGAUUUAUCCCCUCUGUUGUUUCUUCUUCUCUCAUCAGUUACAGAUGAUCUCUGUCAGAGU